AUGGUUACCGACCUGGCGUCCGCUGCUGAGGUUCGCACGGCCUGGGAGAAACUCGGCCGCUGGGGCCGCAGAAAGGCGGAGAUGGAGUCGUCAUUCGAAGAAAAAAUGGACCUGAUCUCCUCUGUAUUCAUCUCCCUCAAUGUAAAGGAACAGGACGAAGUGUUGUCGCGUUUGCUCCGUGUGUGUCAGCUGCCACAGCUAAAAAAGAUCUACACUGAACUCUGUCCCUUGUUAUCCAUUGACUUUGUAUUAAUUCUUCCACAAGAGCUGGUAGAAAGAAUAUUUUCAUUUUUGUCUGCGGAGGAUCUUUGCAGGAUGGCAUGCUGUAACAGAUCUUGGAGGGAAUUUACAAACACUGACAUUCUGUGGCAGCCACUAUGUGCUGUUCAAAACUGGCUUAAUUUUGACAUUGAUCAGCAACUCUUCUCCAAGAACCAGUACAGUUACAGUCCCACAGGUCUAACAUCUCCAAGAUACAGUACUGCUACACUUUCUGAUUUUCCAACACUGUCUCCAACCUGCCGAUGGAAAGAGAUUUACAUCAGGGCUUGCUACCUGAAUCAAAACUGGGCAAUGGGUAGAUAUACAGUUUUACCUUUACUUCGAGGCCAUCAAGAAAGAGUAGAUUGCCUUGACUGUGAUGGGAAACGGCUUGUUAGUGGAAGUUCAGACAAAACUGCUCGUGUAUGGGAUCUGUUCACUGCAAUUUGUCUGCAUGUACUGGAUAGCCACACAGAUGCUGUAACAAGUGUUUGCAUUAAGAAUGAAGUCAUUGUAACAGGUUGCGCUGACAGCUUGAUUCGAAUUUUCCAAACGGAAACUGGUAUUUGUCUGAGAGCACUGAUGGGUCACAAUUCAGGAAUUGAUCAUCUCUGUUUUGAUGGAACACAGGUGGUCAGUGCCAGCUCGGAUAGAACUCUUCGAGUUUGGUCAAUUCAGGAUGGCCGGUGUCGGAAAAUUCUACGAGGUCAUGAAGAUGAGAUCCAGUACUUAGCUAUGAAAGAGCAUCUAGUCGCUAGCACAUCCUGGGACCACACAGUAAGAAUGUGGAAUAUACAAAGAGGAGAAUGUACAGCUGUACUAAAAGGCCAUACAGAAGUGGUGAACUGCUGUCAGUUUGACUGUCGAUACGUUGUGAGUGGAGGAGGGGAUUGCUUAGUGCUUAUCUGGUUAACAGACAGUGGAAAAUUGCUGUGUAAGUGUCAAGGACACACAGGGGAUGUGUACUGUUUGAUGUUUAAUGAGAAGACAAUCUGCUCUGGUUCAUCAGAUAGUACGAUUCGAGUCUGGGACUUUACAGGAAAAUGUCUCUUUACCAUGUCAGAGCACAUUGGGGUGGUGAGGUGUCUACAUCUGGAUGGAAAUAGACUCAUCAGUGGAGGUGACAGAAAGAAGAUUUUAGUCUGGGAUGUAGCGAAUGGGAAACUAGUCAACAUAGUUCACAGAAAUCCAUCCCUCCUCCACAAGAUCUGGGUUAAUGAGACGAAGGUCAUCACAGCUUCGCCUGAAUCACCAGGAAUUUUAACUAUUUUGAGCUAUUGGUAAAUGAUCAGUGAGAUAGCUACAGAGAUAUCAGUUACUGUUCUAUAUUUUGAAAACCAGGGAAAAGAUUAAACUCACUAAACAAUA